ACCACUUACUCCUUCAAGGAACUGACUUGCAAUUCCUGGCCAGGUUUUGUAGCUGAAAAGUCCGGCGCCUCAUGUAAUGGUGGCGUUAUGGUGCGCGUAGGUUUCAAAAUCUCCUCCAGCCGUUUCGCCAAACAGUACGAAGUCUGCUUCGAUGAAGACGAAGAGGUGACACGUUAUGUGCAUCACGAUCUCAAUCCAGGCAGCAACUACUAUCAAACUGGCGUAGAUCGCAUCACUUUCCAAACCGCUGGUUUCUUCGAUGGCAAAAACGUUGACAAUUUAUACAAACAAACUACACAGGAGGCAACCAUUAACUCACAAUUGGGAGGUGAUGCUAGCCAAUAUUUUAACUCCAACAAGAAUAUUUAUCUAGCACGCGGUCAUAUGGCUGCCAAAGCUGACUUCGACUAUGCCAGCGAGCAGCGCGCGACUUUCUUAUUCAUCAACGCUGCGCCGCAAUGGCAAGUCUUCAAUGCCGGCAACUGGGCACGCAUAGAGGAUGGGGUGCGCGCUAAGGUUUCGUCUGCUAAUUGGUACGUGGAUUGCUAUACCGGCGUUUACGGUGUGACCACACUGCCCAAUGCGAAUGGUGUGCAGACACCAUUGUACUUGGCCUAUGAUAGUAACAAUAAUGGGCUGAUUCCUGUGCCCAAGCUGUACUUCCGUAUUGUGAUUGAGCGUACCACCAAGAAAGGUAUUGUCUUCAUUGGUGUGAAUAACCCGCAUUUGACCUUGGCUGAGAUUAAGGAGGACUAUAUACUUUGCACGGAUAUUGCGGACCAAGUCGAUUAUAUCAAGUGGAAGCGGACGGAUAUCACUACUGGUUAUUCUUACGCUUGUUCGGUGGAUGACUUCAAAAAGAAGGUGUCACACUUGCCAUCUGUUUCGGCCUCUGGUGGUUUGCUGUUGUAA